AUGGCGCUCUCCAACAUGAAACCCGACUAUGAGAACCUCUCCGUUCUCGAGCGCAACCGCCUCCCCACACGCGCCUACUGGAUCCCGGAGACGUCCCUCCUUCUCAACGGCGUGUGGGGCUUCCACUAUGCGCUGACCCCUCUUGAAGCGCCCGAGAUCGGUGACAACACCUCUGAUGAUGACAAAAGUCUGAACACCACCAACCCCGCCUCAUGGACCACCAUAAACGUCCCGGGCCACUGGCAACUCCAAGGCCAUGGCCGCCCCCACUACACCAACGUCAUCUACCCGUUCCCCGUGUGCCCGCCGUCGAUCCCAACCGAGAAUCCGACGGGGACGUACCGGCGCGCUUUCGGGGUGCCGAGCGGUUGGGCCAAGGACGCGCAAUUGAGGCUGCGGUUUGACGGAGUGGAUAGUGCGUACCAUGUUUGGGUUAAUGGGGAAUUGGUGGGGUACUCGCAAGGGAGUCGGAAUGCGGCCGAGUUUGAUGUGAGUCAAGUUGCCAAGAGGGAUGGGCAGAAUGAGUUGGUUGUAAGGGUUUAUCAGUGGUGUGAGGCGAGUUAUAUCGAGGAUCAGGAUCAGUGGUGGCUUUCGGGUAUCUUCCGAGAUGUCCAGCUUCUUGCCUUUCCGGGCGAGACAAGAAUCGAGGACUUUUUCAUCAAGACGGACUUGGACAAAGAGUACAAAGAUGCAACGCUGCUGGUCGAAGUUACCGUUGCCAAUCCCAAAGACCAGCAGUUGGCGUUCGUACUUCGCGAUGGAGGCAAGGAGAUUGGCACCACGUCGAAGAUACUAGACUCAAGCAGCUCGACAGUCAAAGUCGAGAUCCCUGUUUCAAAUCCCCAAAAAUGGACAGCUGAGAGGCCCUAUCUCUACAAACUCUCACUCUCACUCUCAUCCAUCGGCGAUAAUUCCAACCCCCCCUUCCAGACUAUAACCCAAAACGUCGGCUUCCGCAAGGUCGAAAUGAAAAACGGCCUCAUCACCGUUAACGGCCGCCGCGUCCUCCUCCGCGGCACGAACCGGCACGACCACCACCCGACGCUCGGCCGCGCUGUGCCGCUAGACUACAUGCGCGCCGACCUCCUCCUGAUGAAGCGCCACAAUAUCAACGCCCUCCGUACGUCGCACUACCCGGGCCACCCACAACUCUACGACAUGGCUGACGAGCUGGGGCUCUGGGUCAUGGACGAGGCGGAUCUCGAAUGCCACGGGUUCUACGACGCCGUGGCGCGACCGAUGGACAUCCCCGAGGAGAUGGAUUACGAGGAGCGCAAGGACCUGACGUUCCUGCAGGCGGCGCAGUUCACGAGUGAUAACCCGGAGUGGAAGGAGAGUUAUGUCGAUCGCAUGAGACAGCUUGUGCAGCGGGACAAGAAUCACGCUAGUGUCAUUAUGUGGAGUCUGGGGAAUGAGGCGUUUUAUGGGAGCAAUCAUGCAGCUAUGUAUGAAUAUGGCAAAAGUGUGGACCCGGAGAGGCCGAUUCACUAUGAGGGCGAUGUAAAGGCGCAGACGGUGGAUAUGUAUUCGUAUAUGUACCCGACUAUGGAGCGGUUGACCAACUGGGUGGAAAAGACGGGAGUCAAGGAGGAUGGGACGUUCGAUAAGCCAGUUGUUUUGUGCGAGUACGGGCAUGCCAUGGGGAAUGGACCUGGUUGGCUUGAGGAUUACCAGAAUUUGUUCCGGAAGUACCCCAGACUACAGGGCGGGUUCAUCUGGGAAUGGGCCAACCAUGGACUGUGGAAUGCUGAGGGUGGCUUCUACGGGUACGGAGGUGACUUCGGGGAUGAGCCAAACGAUGGAACUUUUGUGAUGGACGGUUUGUGUGACAGUGAGCAUAAACCGACGCCUGGGUUGACCGAGUUGAAAAAGGUGAUCCAGCCGGUCAAGUUCGACGUCGAGGACGGGAGAAUAUUCAUCACCAACGAGUACGACUUCAUGGGGCUGAGCCACCUGGUUGGCACGUACAGCGUCGAGUCGUUUGGAGACAAAUCAAACCUCCACGCAUCCGGCGAAUUGAAAAUCCCCGAAGUCUCAUCCUGGUCCAAAGCCGAGCUUCCACUACCCCUCGACCUCACCCAAUACAAGUCUCACCCCGAAGAAGUCUUCCUUACCAUCACCUUCUCCCUGCGCACCUCCACAAAAUGGGCCACCGCCUCCCACGAAGUCGCGUGGUUCCAACACAAGCUCUCCUCCCCUGGGAUCCCCCAAUCUCUGUCUCUCCCCGCCCUCGCGGGACCAAUCUCCAUCGACAACAAACAGUCAACCGUCCAAAUCGCCGGCCCGGGCUUCUGCUUCCUCUUCGACAAAGCACGCGGAUACCUCACCUCCUGGACGAGCGCCAACCGCCCCCUCGUUGAAAGGGACGCCAAGACCGGCGCGGCUAUCUUCCCGUGCUUCUGGCGGGCGCCGACGGAUAAUGACGCCCCUGGCGCGCUGCCGUACUGGAAGCGGUUCGGCGUGGAUACGUUGACGUCGCAAUUACGGUCUUUCUCCGUGGACAAGAAAGACGGCGUAGUGGAAGUAGCAGCGCACACUUACCUCUCGCCCCCUAUUCUGGGAUGGGGAUACAACGUCCGCGCGCUGUACACCAUCUCUCCCGCGGGUGCGCUGUCCAUUAAAGUCAAGUUGCAGCCUGUUGGCCCCAAGCCAGACAAUAUUCCGCGUCUAGGCUUGAACGUCAGACUACCGAAGCAUCUAGACCAUGUGAGUUGGCUUGGUCUCGGGCCAGGGGAGGCUUACCCCGACAAGCGGCUUGCGCAAAGGAUUGGCGUGUGGAAACAGACUGUGGAGGGGCUGCACACCCCUUAUGAUGUACCCCAGGAGAACGGGAAUAGAAUGGAGACGAGAUGGGUGGUGUUGGGUGAUGUGUAUGGAGUUGGGAUCAAAGCUCGUUCUGUUCCCUCUUCAUCCUCAGAAGGAGUCUUCAGCUGGACAGCAGGCCGCCACACAGCGCAGACGCUGGAGCAGGCGAGACAUCCCUGUGAUCUCGUGGCUGAGAAUGCGACACUGCUUAAUCUAAGCGCGAGGGUUGCAGGCGUGGGGACGGCGGCUUGUGGGCCGGGGGUGAGGGAGGAUUUACAAGUUAAGGUUUUAGAGGAUGAGUUUGAGUUCUUGUUGGAGAGUACGGGUUUGUAG